CCAGCGAAACGAGGCUUUGAAAGUCGUAGACAAAAUUACAGUAACUUUACGUGGUGUAACAAUGGCGCCUAAAACUGUAUUAAUAACUGGAUGCUCGUCUGGAAUUGGUCUAGCUACGGCGGUACUCUUAGCAAAGGAGUUGCAGCAUGAGUUUAAGGUGUACGCAACGAUGCGAAAUCUGAAGUCCAAAGCCAACUUGGAGGAUGCUGCAGGAGACACUCUGAAUAAGACUCUAUUCAUCCGGGAACUUGACGUCACUAAAGAGACAACAAUCACAUCUGUGGUUGACGAGAUUUUGCGAGAAAAUGGGUCUAUCGACAUUCUUGUUAAUAAUGCUGGCUGCUGCAUUUUGGAUAUGAUUGACAAAAAGUCGUUGGACUUUGGCCAGUCUAUGAUGGAUGUAAACUACUGGGGAGUUGUUAGAACUGUAAGAGCUGUGCUGCCAGCGAUGAAGAAACAGAAGUCGGGUCGCAUUCUCAAUGUUACCAGCCUUGCUGGAUUCCAAGGUUUUCCUUUCUAUGCCACCUACACAUCUUCAAAGUUUGCCGUUGAGGGCUUCUCCGAAUCCAUAGCUUCAGUAUUGCGUGACGCAUACAAUAUCAGAGUUUCCCUCGUUGAGCCAGGACCAGUGGCGACGCCGACCGCAUUGAAAGUUGCUAAUGACAGGCCAACUUUCUUAGAGUCCGAAGCCGAAAUGGAGAAAGUCUUCGCCAUUCGCGCCAUGUACCUGAGCACUCUGGCUCACGUCGUCCAGACGUCUGAGGAAAUAGCUCAGUUGCAUCUAGAGAUAAUACUUAGCGACAAUCCGCAUCUGCGGUACCAGACCAGUGAGUAUGUGAAGGAGAUGGCCGCAGCCAAGUUCAAGGAUCCAACUACAGAUGAUGUCCUGAAUGAAGUAAAACGGAGUUAGAUCUAGCAUUUAAAUAGUGCAGGUUCAGAUUGAAACUGUUUCUCAUAUUUUAAUGCUUUCGAUUAAGAAUUGACCUCUUUCUCAGAUUAUUUUAAUAAUUUGAGAUAUUUUGUUAUUGAAAAAUAAGUACUAGUGAAAAACAAUUAGUUUUAGCAACUGUUUUGUUACUGGUUAAAAGGAGGAAGAAUAUAAUUAUCCACGCAAUUUUACCUUGUUUAAAGUUGUGUUGUUUGCCUCUUUCCUUCGUGACACAGUCCGUCAUUUUGUAGAACCGCAUUAUUUUGACUCCACAAAAUGGCGGACCGUUUAGUUCACGAAGUAAAAGGAAAUCACACAAUUUCGUGCCAGAGGCCUAUAUACAGGCGGUAUUCGAGUUGGCGGUAACAGCUCCGGUUGCGACUGUUACAUGGGUGUUGCUUCGGACUGCUAUUAUUUAAACCAAAUUAAUGAUAACAUCGAAAUGGAGGAUAUAGCCUUUGCUGCCAAUUCGGACACAUUGGAAUGUUUUAAUAACACGUGGUGU